UUGUCUCGCCGUCUGAGGUAGGUCCCUCCCCGGAAAAAAAUUUGUCUGAAGUCCUCUUGUUUGAAAAGUGGUUGGAGCAGGCCCUCGCCGGAGGGCGGAGCUCCGGCGAGUGCAUGUGUGGCUUGGUGACUAGGAUUAAUGAACCCACGUGGCAUUAAAAAAUAAAUAAAAAAUAAAAAUCAAAUUACAACUCAGAAUUUUAAACCUAAUUAACCUAUUUCUAAUUAACCCUAACUUAAUUAACCAAAAACUAAUUUCCCCCCCAAACUUAACCCAAUUCACACCAAAUCAACCCUACCCCCAAAUCAACCCAAUCCCAAUCUGAAGUAGCAGGGUUCUUCCCCUACCAUCGUCUACCAUCGAAUUCUCCGUCAUCGUUCGUGUUCUCGCCGGUUCUCUUGCUCAGGCUCGCCGCUCAUUGUGCUUCUUCAAAGAUGGUUUUUACACUGGUUGUGCGACAUGGUGGUUGGUUUGGAAGUAGUCCUUACUGGCAUUACUUCGGUGGUGCCAAAAGUGAGUUCCAUGAUCUUGAUGAGUCUAAAUGGUCCUACUCUAAGACUGUGGAAAUUGUCAAAGGUCUUGGCUACAAAGAGUUUGAUUUACUGUGGCUUCCUGAUGAGGAUGUUGACUGACAUGUUUUCAGGAAUUACACAACAGAUAUGGAUGCCAAGGAAUUUGCUAAAUAUGCAGUUGGAAAUGACCAUGAAGGUGUUAUAUUUGUGGACAAUCUAUCCAAAGACCCUCCCACUCUACCUACUACAUUAAAGGAAAAGAAGAAAGAUGCCAACAAGAAUGUUAAGGUACAAAAACUAAGGGUGAGAAAGUCAGGUAGGUUGCAAGCAAUGGUGAGACAAGGAACAAAUAAGGGACCUCCUGAAGUUGUAGAGUUAUCUGAUGAUGAGCAAUUUCCUAUGAAGUUGCAAUGCUACAAAAUGAAACUGUUCUCCCUGAACCUGUUCUCCUUGAAGCUGUGAUUCCUGAACCCGUUAUCCCUAAUGUUGUGGACCCUAAAGUUGCAGUUCCUGAAGUAGUAGAUGGGGUAGAUGGUGAUAAAGCUGGUGAGGAUAACCAGGAAGAAGAAAAUGAUGAUUCUGAUGUUUCUGAAGUUGAUAGGGUCGAUGAUAGUGAAGAAGAAAGGGAUUUAGCAAAAGGGGAGGAAGUUACAAACCCAGGAUUUGCUCAGGCUGAGUCCCUAUUGAAUGAGCACAUUACUCAAAUGCUUCAACAAACUGCAGCAGAUAAUGAUGAUGGGGAAAAGAGAGAUGAGACAGAUUUAUGUGGAGGCUAUGAGAGUGAGGACCUUGAAAGUGUCCCCACUGAUAGUGAGCAGGAAGGGAUUCCUAGGAGAAGGUUUGAAAGAUUCAAUGAGGAUGACAUGGGCCCAGAUUUCAAAUUCACAUUGGGUAUGGAGUUUAUAUCACUUACACAGUUCAAGGAAGCCCUCACUGACUACUGUAUGAAAAAUAACAGGGAAUAUAAAUUCAAGAAGAAUGACAGUAAGAGAUGCAGGGUUGUAUGCUUGAGUGAUGGCUGUCCAUUUGUGAUCUUAUGUAGCAAAGUUGGAAACAAACAGACUUAUAGAAUCAAAACUCUUAAGGGAGAGCACACAUGUGCAAGGGUUUUUGAUAAUAAGUCUGCCAAUGUUAGAUGGGUGAAGAAAAAUUUGUUGAACAAAAUCAGGACUGUAAACAAAAUUAGCACCAAUGAGAUUGUUGAUGAUUUCAGGGUAAAUCUGGGAAUUGGAAUUACCAGAUACAGAGCUUGGAAAGGUAAGAAGUUGGCAACUGAGGAGGUUGAUGGAGCUGCUGAAAUGCAAUAUACUUUGCUUUGGAGAUUCAGUAAUGAGUUUAGGUAUUAACACUAAACUCUACUAAAUUUUGUUUGUUCAUAAUUUUGUAUUUCUUGAAUGUAAUGCAACUUGUGUAUUGAAACAGAAAAAAGGUAAUAAGAGGUGCAGUGUGUGCAAGCAAUAUGGUCACUAUAAGACAAGUUGUAAGAAAUACCCAAAGAAAACCCCCAAUGAACCAAUUUCUCUACCUGGGAUUGUGAUAAGGGAACCAACUUCUGCUACUGUCCAAGUCCCUCACAAUAAUGGAAAACAG